UGGCGUCAUAGCGUCACGUGACGUCAGCUACAUGACUAUUUUGAAAGAAAGCUGGCUAGCUGACUUGUUGUCGAGAUUACACUCCGGCGGAGAUUUACACCAAUUUGAGUUUUGAUCAGCGGAUCCAGCUGCCGACAACGUGAAUAUGUUGAGUGACACUUCCGGAGCGGACUUCCCCAUGUACGGGUGAUGGCAACGCUUCUGCAGUCAUAUGACAGUAAUUCCAGUGACAACGACGAGCCGACCUCGUAAACUGUGCAAGCAUUCGAGGCUUAGUCAUCGUCGUCCUUCUCCAUCGAACAGUCGAGCAUCUCGAGUGGAGCCCCAACUGAGGAAGAUGAGCCUGCAUGGUGCCAGCGGGGGCUACGACCGCUCACGUGACCGCCGCCGCUCCAGUGAUCGCUCCAGGGAUUCCUCGCAUGAAAGAGAAGGGCAGCUCACACCCUGCAUUCGCAACCUCACCUCGCCCACCCACCAACACAACAGCGAACGCGAGCGUGAUUGCGGGCCGUCGUCGAGGCCCGGCAGCCCCCGGCCACAGAGGCUCUCUCCCAGCGGCUCCAGCAGCAGCGGGGUGGUGAGCAGCCGCAACAGCAGCCUGUCCAGCACCGAGGGAACUUUCAAAAGUUUGGCAGUGGGAGAAAUGGUGUUUGUGUACGAGAACCCCAAAGAGGGGGCGGCCGGCGCCCCCGUCUGCAACCGAAACGUGCGGACGUCCGAGAGAGUUACGCUUAUUGUGGACAACACGCGCUUUGUGGUCGACCCCUCCAUCUUUACUGCGCAACCCAACACCAUGCUGGGCAGAAUGUUCGGAUCGGGACGAGAGCACAAUUUUACACGGCCCAAUGAGAAGGGAGAGUUUGAAGUGGCCGAAGGAAUCAGCUCAACGGUUUUCCGUGCAAUUCUGGAUUACUACAAAUCGGGGCUAAUCCGUUGUCCUGAUGGAAUCUCCAUCCCUGAGUUGCGGGAGGCGUGCGACUAUCUAUGCAUCUCUUUUGACUACAGCACCAUCAAAUGCAGAGACCUCAGUGCCCUGAUGCACGAGCUGUCCAACGACGGCGCCCGACGACAGUUUGAGUUCUACCUGGAAGAAAUGGUUCUACCUCUGAUGGUGGCGAGCGCUCAGAGCGGGGAGCGCGAGUGCCACAUUGUGGUCCUCACUGACGACGACGUGGUGGACUGGGACGAAGAGUACCCGCCGCAGAUGGGAGAAGAAUACUCUCAAAUCAUAUACAGCACAAAAUUGUACCGAUUCUUCAAGUACAUCGAAAACAGAGAUGUGGCUAAGUCCGUUUUAAAGGAGAGAGGCUUGAAGAAAAUACGACUGGGCAUUGAAGGUUACCCCACAUACAAGGAGAAGGUGAAGAAGCGUCCCGGAGGUCGUCCAGAGGUCAUCUACAACUACGUCCAGAGGCCCUUCAUCCGCAUGUCGUGGGAGAAGGAGGAGGGCAAGAGCCGCCACGUGGACUUCCAGUGCGUCAAAUCCAAAUCCAUCACCAACCUGGCGGCGGCGGCGGCCGACAUCCCCCAGGACCAACUGGUGGUGCUGCACCCGGGCCCCCAGGUGGACGAGCUGGACAUCCUGCCCAACCACCCGCCUGGAGGCCACCCUUACAGCAACAACUACAGCAACGAGCCCGACCCCGAGGGACCGCCGCCUGCCGUGUGAGGAGCCCUCGGACCCCACUCCUGUCCUUCUCGUCCGCCUCCCAGCAUGCUGCAGCAUGGAGUGCACCAUAAGAGGGGCACCAUAACCAUAUUGCCUUGACACCUCCUUCGCAGCCUUAGAGAGCCAAGAACCUGGUGGACUGCUUUGAUUAUUAUUUUCUUUUUUUUUUUACUUGACCAAAGCAAUUUAUUUGUGUUUGCUAUAUAUUCAUUAAAUACAUUACUUUACAAUGUCGUACCCUCAUUUGUUGGGUUUUGCUGAGCACUCUUGUGGUAUCAAUGUUUCCGUUCACAAAUCAUUUUGUUUGGAUUUGACAUGUUCCCAGGUGGCCUGAUGACUACAAUGUGUGCUUUUUACAGAGAAGACUUGGUCAUAAGGGGACAGGAGGGUAAUCAUCACUUGUCACCCGAACUCAACGUGUUAACAGUGUAACUGGAAGUGUUCUGUCAUUGGCUGGAUGUCAUGUGCUGUGACGCUCUUAUCGCAGACUAAACAUUAAAGCAGCACACGGGCUGGCACGCUCUCAAUCUUUUAGUGCAAAGCUUGAAACUUGUAAAAACAAUGUUCAAUAAAGGAAGAAAACUGUUUUGCUUGUGUGCUUAAAUGUUUGAUUAAAAAACAUGUAUAUCAAA